AUGCGCGGGUCCUUGGUUUGGCGUCUUCCUUGCAAGGCAAGGGGGAGAAUAGCCGGGUUCAGAGUUGGAGGUUAUUGUCUCCAAGUGCAAAGGCGAUCUCUCCUGACGACGAGCCAUGCCAGGGGACCUUCAGAGCCCCCAUUGUUUGAGCAAACCGUUGGAGAACAUUUCGCAAACGUUGUAUCCAAAUACGGGGACAGGAUCGCCGUCAUAUCGAGGCAUCAGGCGCAACGGCUAACAUAUGAAGAGCUGGACCGCAAGAGCAAUGCGCUGGCCCGCGGGUUGGCCGCAGGUGGGCUUUUGAAGGGUGAUCGAGUAGCUGUUUCGUUGGGAAAUAGUACUGAAUAUGGAAUUGUUAUAUAUGCAUUGUUCAAGCUUGGAGCUGUGCUGGUUCCGUUGAAUCCAUCGUUCAACGUAGACCAGGUGGUCGCUGCCCUUAGCCAUCUAGAAGCCUCUCACUUGAUUAUGAGCACAGAGGUAAACCUACCACGACGAGAACCGCGCUCUACUUUGCCCCUUCUUCAGCAAAUAGUUCCUAACCUCCUUGCCUCAAAACUCGAGUCUCAAGCCAUCCCUUCUCUAAAGAAGGUCAUUCUUGUCGACAAUGACGAUGGACGCGUAGACACCACAUCUUUUAAAUGCACAACUCCAUUUUCUGCUCUAUCUUCAGAUCUCGCGCAAGAUAUGCUUCCCAUAGCACAGCAAGGGCUUUCUCCACAUGACGUCGUGAACAUUCAAUUUACAUCAGGCACCACUUCAAUGCCAAAGGCCGCCUGCCUAACUCACCGAUCGAUUCUAAAUAAUGGCGUCCAAAUCGGUGAUCGUAUGCUGCUCACUCCGAAUGACAUCAUCUGCUGCCCACCACCCUUAUUCCAUUGUUUUGGAAGUAUUUUAGGAUACAUGGCGACCGCGACCCACGGCUCAGCCAUCGUGUUUCCUGCCGAAUCCUUCAAUGCCAUUGCUACUCUCAAAGCAGUCCAAGAAGAGAAAUGUACCGCUCUUUAUGGGGUUCCUACGAUGUUCGUUGAAGAGCUGGAUCUCUUGGACGAGGGAAAGGUGCCAUAUGAAAGAUUCCAACACCUACGAACAGGAAUUGCAGCUGGCAGCAGUAUCCCAGCAGAGUUAAUGAAAAAGCUCCACAAGACACUUAAUCUAACGGAACUAACCAUCUGCUACGGCAUGACGGAAACCAGCCCCGUUUCCGCCAUGACGACAACGGAUGAUCCCAUUGAAAAGAGAAUCUCCAGUGUUGGGCGCCUCAUGCCCCAUGUCGAAGCGAAAGUGGUGGACCCUCAUGAUAGAACGAUAACGCUCCCAGUCGAUACCAAAGGCGAGCUUGUCGUAAGCGGCUAUCUCGUCAUGAAGGAAUACUGGGGUGCUCCAGAGCGUACAGCGGAGGUGAUGGUGAAAGAUGAGGAAGGGAAAGUCUGGAUGCAUACUGGUGACGAAGCCUCAAUGUCACCGGACGGAUACAUCUCAAUCACUGGCCGGAUAAAAGACUUGAUCAUUCGUGGUGGCGAAAAUAUCCAUCCCUUAGAAAUUGAAAACUGUCUCUUUGCCCAUCCCAGCAUAUCAAGCGUUUCCGUAGUUGGAGUUCCAGAUGACCGUUACGGAGAGGUGGUGGCUGCGUUUGUGGUUCAACGAGAAGAAGCAGAGGCGAAGAUUACAGUGGAUGAAGUCAAAGACUGGAGGCUCAAUUCCAUUAUGAACCGUGGCUGUCUUGAAUCCGGCCACGACUCUUUCAACAAUAUGACUCUGUUCCACGUUCCACGCCACUUCGUUGCCAAUGACUGGAAUUGA